AUUCUAUCGCAACCCACAUGCGUUGCUGCUCAAAAAAAAAACCCCACAUGCGUUGAAAAUUUUGCGCCCAAACUAAACACACCUUAGUCGAAAAAAAUCUCGCGGCCGCCGUCUUCCCGCGAGCUCCACCGCCCCCGAAAAGCUUCCAACGCAGCUCCAGUUCCUCCAUCCCUUCCUUCUCGUACUUUCCAGAACGCCGCUCCCGCCGAAGCGCAGACCCGCGCACCCGCCUACCCAACGCAGCGGACUCAGGCGGAUGGAGCACCCCGCGGCCGUGACGGUCAAGCAGGAGGAGCGGGAGGACGACGAAGUGGUGGUGGUGGACGCCGCCGGCGACGUCGGCGGGCGAGCAGCCGCGGCGCCGGCGACGGAGCCCUGGAGGACACCGCCGGCGGCAUCUCAGGUUCCGCCGUUCCUGGCGAAGACAUUCGAGCUGGUGGAGGACCCGGCGACUGACGGCGUCGUGUCGUGGGGCGCGGCGCGGAACAGCUUCGUGGUGUGGGACCCGCACGCCUUCGCGGCGGGGCUCCUCCCGCGCCGCUUCAAGCACGCCAACUUCUCCACCUUCCUCCGCCAGCUCAACACCUACGGAUUCCGCAAGGUGAGCCCGGACAACUGGGAGUUCGCGCAUGCCGACUUCCUCGCUGGCCAGCGCCACCUCCUCGCCAACAUCCACCGCCGGCGCGGCGCCGCGCCGGGAGGAUCCACAGUGCCAUCGGGCGCGAAGAACGGCGCGAGCGGGAGCGGCGGCCGCGAGAGCGAGCUGGAGAGGCUGCGGCGGGACCGGGAGGCGCUGGCGCGGGAGCUGGAGCGGCUGCGGCGCGGGCAGCAGGACGCCCGCGCGCAGCUGCUGGACAUGGAGCGCCGCGUGCGGGGCACGGAGCGCCGGCAGGAGCAGUGCACGGCCUUCCUGGCGCGCGCCCUCGGGAACCCGGGCUUCCUGGAGCGACGCGGCAGGGCGGCGCCCGUGGAGGCCGGCAGGAAGCGGCCGCUGCUCGACGCCGCGGCGGACGUCCUCGCCUUCAUGGAGCUGGCGCUGGCGGCGAGCGCCGAGGUCGAGGCGGCUCCCGUCCCGGCCGUGGCAGCGGCGAGCCAAGGCUCCAGCAGCACCUCCACCGCCACGGACAUGAUAUGGUACGACCUGCUCGGGGAUGAGCAGGGGGAGAUCGACGCCGAGGUGGAGGAGCUUGUCAUCGAGGCGGCCGAGCCGUGGGAGGAGAUGGGCGACGAGGAGGUGGAGGAGCUGGUGCAGCAGAUUGGCUGCCUAGGCUCGCCGAGCCCUUGAUCACCACGAUUCCGCAAGGUGUAGACCUUUCAGCUGCAAUGCUCAGUGCUCAGCUCUUAGCAGCAACCUUGAGCACCAUUGCAGCAACCUUACAUUGGCGGCACUGGUACUGUAGUGUGCCUCGGGAUGGACCAUAAUGGUCAUGUACAUAUGUGUAUCAUUAGUCUUCCUCUCCGAUGA